UCUUCGCUGCACAUACCGCUCGCGUCCAGCCCAGGCGGGCAAGUUCGCAAUGCAACGCGAUGCACUGCCCGUCACUUGAUGGACUGGACUCUUAAAGAGUGCAGCGCGAUAUCGAAUGCUCCGACUCUCUUUCUUGCUUGUGCUCACGAUUUCAUCGGAGUGAACGGGCGGUGUUGUUGGUUCACGUUGCGUCUGUGUCUGUCCGUCCAAUUGCUGAGCAAAUAUUCUGGACGCCGGCUCCGUUGUUUGCUGGUUUAUGGUCUCAAGAAUAGCUAAGCGACUGAAUGGCAAGGUCGAGGACGUUAUACAUCACAAGGAUGCGCAGCCCAGCAGCGGCGGUGGCUCUCAGAUCUCUCGUGGCGCUGGGGGCCGUCGUGCUUCUGCUGCUGCUUCUGCUCGGGGCCACGUGGCUUUGGCGUCCUGCGAGUGACCCGCUGCCGGGCCUCAGCCGGCCCAAGCGGGCCCCCCUCACCGCGCCCGUGCCCAUCGCCGAUGAUGAGCGACGAGCGCUCACCGAGUACCACAACCGCCUGCGAGCCAGCGUGCACCCACAGGCGGCUGACAUGGAGCACAUGUCGUGGGACUGGAAGCUCGCCGAGAUGGCCGAGGCGUGGGCCAAGCAGUGCAAGUGGGGACACGGGCCCACUGAUGAGAUCGACGCCAUCGGCCAGAAUCUCGCCGUCUACGUCGGCAGCGACCGUCCACUCGCCUACCACGUGCAAGCGUGGUUCGACGAGGAGGAGUGGUACCAGUACCCCGAGGAGAAGGAAUGCAGCCCCGAGUGCCCUCACACCUGCAGGGGCCCCAUCUGCACUCACUACACGCAGCUAGUGUGGGCAGAGAGCAGCCGCGUGGGCUGCGCGGCGCACACCUGCCUGGACAUCUCCGUGUGGGACGCCGUGUGGCCUUACGCCCUCUACCUCGUCUGCAACUACUCCCCCAAGGGCAACUGGAUAGGCGAGGCCCCAUACCGCCAGGGCACGCCAUGCUCCCGGUGUCCGCCGCGGUUUGGCGGCUCCUGCCGUGGCGGCCUCUGCUACCAGGCCCCGAAUACCACAGCCCAGAACUGGGACCUUGACGAGACUCAACUUGGUGAGAGACGCCCCAAGAUCCCGUUGAUCGAGACUCCACGAGCCCCUGUCCUGAUCCCCGGUCCCAACAGGUCACUGGAGGUCAGAAAUCUCGAGCGAACCAAGCCACGGAAUCAGGCGAUUGCUAAAGCCAUAGGUCGCCGGGUGACGUGCAGAGCGAAGAUGCGAGAAGUCUGCAAGGGGUUUGCCUCCUUCAGGUUCUUGUGCCCAGAAAAUUGCUCCCAAAGCACAGCGAAUGUCAUUGGGACGCACGUUUACGAUGUGGAGUCGGGGCUGUGCCGAUCGGCUCAACACACAGGGGCCCUGGGUCCUGGGGGCGGCUGGAUCGACGUGAAGAGACGGGGUCGCACACAUACCUUCAACGGUUCCGCACGGAAUGGGGUUCGAUCCCUCGGGAAGAGGCGCCCAGCCAACUCAUUCUCCGUCUCUGCAUCACCAGUGAGGGAGGUGAGCUGUAAAGACACAUUGAGGGAUAUCUGCCCGCUCAAAUUCCCACCACCUCCUCGCUGUCCCCGGUUUGUUUGUCCGCCGAGAUGCACGCAAGCCCACGGGAUUGUGGUGGGAACGGGCAUUUACUCGGACACUUCCAGCGUGUGCCUGGCGGCCGUGCACGCGGGCGCUGUGACCGCGCACGGCGGUGGCCCCGUGGACGUGGUCCCUGCCCAGCAACGGAAAGUUUUCAACGCCUCCCUGCGGCACGGCUUGCGGUCCUUCGGGGGGACCCGGACGGAGGCUGCCCGGGCGUUCUACGUGUUCCGCGUGCUCUGAGGCUGGACAGGUCAAAAACUGCAUCGCAUUUUAUGUUCUUGUUCGAAAUCAACCGAUUGAAAAAGAAAAACAUUUAUCGUGACCAAAUAUUCCUUACGACCAGAACUAAACUAUGGAGUAUUCUCAGAUCCAUAUGGCAGAGAAGCCUACAACGUAGCUCGUGAAUGUAUCCUUCAUGAUUCAGUUUUUUGCCAAACAAAUGUGGUGCAGUGGUUAUCGCACUGUGCCCUAAAUAACAAAUAUAGCAAAAACCAUAACGCAAACUCCGGUCAUCCUCGCAGGAGCGGCUUUUGGCUAACCAUUGAACAAAGACGGUGACUGCAUCGCGCGCUUUCAGAUGCGCUUCUGCGGCCGUCUGGAACGCUCUUCCUUCCGAUAUCAGGAAGCCACUGGAGCUACGCACUUUUAAAUCUAGAUUGAAGACUCAUUUCUUUAGGAACUGCUUCUUGUGUUGAGUUUGUUGUCCUUCCCCCAGACCUCUGAUUAGCACGGUUGGCUAUACGUAGCUGCUGGUCACUCACCGCAUGACCCCAUUGCACUGAAUCGGGCACGAAUCGAUGCAUCGAUGACCAUCGAUCAUUAAGGUCGCAAUACUGCACACGCUUCAAAUCAUGUCCGCAGGAAUCGGUUCCUUACAUUACAUGCAACUUACAUGCAAUUUACAUGUAAGUUGUAUGGCAUACAUUCAAUUGAUGGGCUGGGGUCAACAAAGUUAUUUGGGACCUGGGCAUUAAUAAAAAAAAUGUGGAUGUAGCCUGAUCCUAGCCAUAAGUAUUACACUAACGUUUGAUGAAUUUAGUCAAGUCCACAUCCACGGUAACGAACAAUUUCGACUUGUAAUGCUCUGCACAGUGUCCGCUCACUCUCGAAGACAGCGCACUGCUCGGAGGAGCGAGGGGGAACCGGUGACACGCGGGGGAAGGCAACCACGCCGUGAGCCGGUGCCAACAAUUGCCUGAGCUCUGGGGUUCUCUGUCUAUUAAGGUGUUGUUGGCCAAAUGAAUAAGUGUUGAUGAAUGUGGGAGGAAAUCGGAGCACCCAGAGAAGAAAAAUAGAUUGCAGUUAGACUUUUAACCCUAACCUCGUAGUGGCUGCAGUCCUUACGAUUAAAUUAUGUCACUUGUUUUGUUAUGCUACAUCGCUCUAUCGUAUUGAGGAGAGUGCAGCCGUACCGAUCCAGCUUUCCAUGUUGACCAAUAUUGUACAAUGCUCUUUGAAUGCGAUACACUUGUCAGAUGAACGUAAUGUUGUCCCAACACAUGCAAUAUUAAACCUUGUUAAAUAUAUUCAUCUCUGAAUGAAUGGGUGAAUAUAUUCUGCACUUGUACGAACGGCUAAAAUCCCUCACUCUGUAAGAUUCUGUAAACAUCAUCAGAAAUACAUGUCGACAACAUAAAAUGUAUUCCAUGUCAUUUGCAUGCGUUUAGUCCACUGUGUACAGGGACUCCUCUACUUACGAACGAGUUGGGUUCCAGAGGUCUGUUCGUAAGUCGAUUUGUUCGUAAGUCCAACUUUACUCCUGUCGAUUCCAAACAUGUUGUACGGCGUGUACACUUAAUACGGGGAAUAGCCUUAAACGUUGUAUAAUCUCCUGUAGAUGUAGAUGCCACUGGUUCUUCAUGUUCUGCAGAUGUAGAUGCCACUGGUUCUUCACGUUCUGCAGAUGUAGAUGCCACUGAUUCUUCAUGUUCUACAGAUGUAGAUGCCACUGGUUCUUCAUGUUCUGCAGACGUAGAUGCCACUGGUUCUUCAUGUUCUGCAGAUGUAGAUGCCACGCGUUCUUCAUGUUCUGCAGAUGUAGAUGCCACUGGUUCUUCACGUUCUGCAGAUGUAGAUGCCACCACCGCCAUCUGUUGCGUGGCGGUUGAACUUACGACUCUCGGUCCGAACAGGCAACUCGACAUACGGACAGGUUUUUUGUAUCUCUGAAAGUUCGUAAAUCGAAUGUUCGUAAGUAGAGGAGUCCCUUUAACACUUAGGCUUUCGUGACCAAUAUGAUCCAUAAUACAGUUUUUUGGGGGUUAGAUUCCGUAAAUAUAAAUGUGUCGUUAAACCCGCCACCACCCGACACAGCCAAUUAGUAAGGUUUGUCACGUAAACAGAACAUGCCAAUUCGUUACUCGUACAGCAGUAUAUAUUUACGCGAUUUAACCCAAAAAACCUGUAUUAUAGAGGAGUCCCUGUAUACUGUACAGUAUUACAUUGGGCUGCAAGUUUGCCAGAUGACAGUAUAGCAAUGUAUUGCAUCCAACUCCAUGGAGCUCUGUUAUUUCUUUGUAUGUAUGGGCCUUCUCUGGGGACUGAAGUUCACGUGCCUCACUCACGCACUGAUUUUAGGCCAAGUUAACCUAGAAUAGGCUCAGGCCAGGUUUGUAAGGACAUUAUAUUUACAGUCCUGCACAACGAUGCACAUACACGAUUGAUGUGUGGAAAUGUGAACAGUUUUAUUGAACAAAUACCAACUUUUAAACACACUUUCAUCUUUCGCGAUUUUUCUUUUAAAUACCACGUGUACAACCCUUUACCAGUCCACUGCUGGAUGAGUGGCUCCCCACGCCCUUCAGGUCGUGAGGGUUAUUCGACCAUACUUCACCACACUGGUCAGUGCGAGUUGAUGGCAAGGAAGCAGAUGUGGAAGCAUAUAUGUGCAGUACAACGAUGCAUUUUCCUGCACUGCCCAUGCUGCCGUAGCCUCGAAGCAGCCUAUAGCACCUGCAAUACGUGUUGGUCACCCCUGCAAGCACUAUCCAGGCCAUGCACCUGCUUAGCUUCCAAAGUGUGAGAAUAUUUGGGCACACUGCGAGUACUGUGCCUUUGAAUUGUGAAUUACUCAAGAAAAAUUGAAACCAAACAUUUUCACACGUUCCCUCAUACGCAGUUGCUUAGCUUGCUAAAGGCGUGUUGCUACUUUUACUUUCUCAGUUUCUGAAUAUUGUUAAGUACAGUAUUGGUGUGUCACCCUAUCACCAAAGUGAGUUUAAAAUAAAAUAAAAAAUGUUGUCUUUA